AUGUAUUGCUUAAAAGUAAACAUUGCAAUUUUCCUAUCGGUUAUUUUCUUGGUCAACAAUCAUCGUGUACUUACAGUGAAUGGAUCCGAUGCAGCUUGUCUAAAUGAAGGUGGUAAAUGCCAAAAUAUAGCCAGGACAUGCUGGGGAGAGUACAAAAGUAAUUUAUGUGACGGUCCACGUGAAAGGAUGUGCUGUGUUGGCUCUUGGUUUACCACUACGACAAAAACAACGUCAGAGACUUUUACUCCCUACAGAUAGACGUGUAAAUUAUACUGAAGAAACAGAAAAAAAAAUAAUUUUAAUGUAGCUAUUUUCAUUAAAGUUUUUA